GGCUGGAGUAGCCCCACCAUAUUGGAGGAAGUCCUUCCUACGCAAAGAAAAACUGCUAUUGGCUUCCGCUUGGGUCUAUCACAUAAAGGCUAAACCCUAGUUCAGGGGCCAGAUAGAAGACGGACGGUUUUAAUCUGGUCCAGCUCGUAGGAUUUAUUCAUCCGUUAUCCUAAACUGCAGUCUUCGACAACAAAAAACGUUCGGAAAUUCAAUGUCAGUAGGACAGCCUACAUCAACAGAUAUUCCGCGGCAAUGUCAACACGACUGCAAGAUGCUGGAUGUUAUUAAACGGUGAACAAUUGCCGGAGUAUUUCUCCUUGUUGAGGCGCAGAGGGUGGAUUUUGGUACCGAUUUGUGAAACCCAGAACGUUAGAUGUGAUUUAUAUUGGUGGGAUAAAUUUGUAAGAUUGUACAAAUGAUGUCAGGAAAGCAUUUCAAGGCUCACGAAGUGAGCUGCUGCAUCAAAUAUUUCAUAUUUGGAUUCAAUAUUAUAUUUUGGUUACUUGGAGUGGCAUUCCUGGGCAUAGGGCUGUGGGCAUGGAGUGAAAAGGGUGUGCUAUCCAACAUCUCUUCCAUCACAGACCUGGGGGGGUUCGACCCUGUGUGGCUCUUCCUGGUGGUGGGCGGGGUCAUGUUCAUUCUGGGCUUUGCUGGCUGCAUCGGAGCACUGAGGGAGAACUCCUUCCUGCUGAAAUUUUUUUCUGUUUUCCUUGGGAUCAUCUUCUUCCUGGAGCUGACUGCUGGGGUUCUGGCCUUCGUCUUCAAGGAUUGGAUCAAGGACCAGCUCAACUUCUUCAUCAACAAUAACAUCAGAGCAUACCGAGAUGACAUUGACCUUCAGAACCUCAUCGACUUCACCCAGGAAUACUGGGAGUGUUGCGGGGCCUUUGGCGCGGACGACUGGAAUCUUAACAUCUACUUCAACUGUACUGACUCCAACCCGAGCCGAGAGAAAUGCGGUGUGCCAUUUUCCUGCUGCACCAAAGACCCUGCUGAGGAUGUGAUCAACACCCAGUGCGGCUAUGAUAUCCGGGCAAAAGCGGACUCGGAGCAGAGGACAUUUAUCUACAUAAAAGGCUGCGUUCCUCAGUUUGAAAAGUGGCUUCAAGACAACCUGACAGUGGUGGCAGGCAUAUUUAUUGGAAUAGCAUUACUUCAGAUUUUUGGGAUCUGUUUAGCACAAAAUCUAGUGAGUGACAUCGAGGCAGUGAGAGAGAGCUGUUUGUUUACCUGAGGUCCCCUGUUUCAUCUCAGAAAACGGAAGGAUAUACUUAAGUUUUGAAGUCUUGAGGGCAUCUACAAAGGGAGAAACACGGUAGUCGACACUUGGGAACUGUACAGAAGGAAGAGUAUGCUUUCUCUGUGAUGUGUAUAGAAUCAUUUUAUAAGAGUGGUUUUUAUAUGUUUCACAUCGGCGGUGUCAAGCUACUCGCAAAGGGUGGUGAGGCAGACUUGGGCCAAGUACAUAUGUUAAACACAUGGGGUGCACUGGAUCUACCUUGAAGUAAAAUCCAAAUACGACUCAAAUAUACUUUCAAAUACUGUCAAAGUAUUUGGUUUUUGUAUUUGACCCAAGUCUGUUCUUUGUGAAGUGAUUCUGACAAUGCACUGCAUGCCUGUUAGAAAC